AUGACCGAUAGAGGCUUAAAUUCGAAUAAUCGUGAUAAUGUUGGUGCGAGCCUCACGUUGACUGGUAACUCCUCAUUAAAAAUGGCAGCACUACAAACAAAUGGCUCGAAAAUGUUUCUUUGCCCGAUUGUCAAUUUUUUGACGCUUCUGAAUGAGUUUGCUAUGAUGGUGAUGAUUUCCUCGAGCGCGGAUUCAUUGAGUAAUAAUUGGGGAUAUGGUCCGUGA